UCCAUUCCCAAAUAAAAGCAUGCAUGGAUGCAACAGAUUGCCAACCUGAAUACUGCCUGGAUUUGUUCGAGCCAGCUGGUCAUGGGAAAAGAAAGCGACGCCACAACUACUACACAGGCUCUGCAGGAAAUCAAUCACACCCUUACAAUCCUGAUGACAAUCAUCAUAAUUCUGGUGUCAAUAGACUUCCUCAUGCUGAAGCACUAACAAACCGUUACAACACAACCCCUUUUCAGUUUGCCAAGUUCAAUGAGAAUAUUGAAUACACAGUUCUUAUGCCUGGAGACUUCUACCACAAUGCUGCCAACUCAAUGGAAGGUUCCUGUAGCACAUUCCUGGUAAUAGCAGCUGUCCUGGGAUGUUUGCUUUUUUUGUCAGCAUUCAUCAUGUGUUACCUUGUGUCUCGUCUCCACGCUAUACUUGCAUCAACUAAUCAUACCCGUUCCAUCGACCAGUUAGUCCGAGACCACAAGCAAAAGUACCCAGUUGGUCCUGGUGACAUUGCAGUUAUAGAGAAAAGUGGCUACACGGGAAGAAACACGGUACAAUGACGUCACAUGAACUUUGUCAGAUCCUGGCAAGAAUCUGACUUAUGUGAGAUGGAGUUACUACCGUCAUAUCUCAGAGUUCCUCUUCACGAGGUAGAACUGUGUUCAGUGGGAAUAAAUCAAGCACUUUAAAGUUGACGAUACAGUGCAGGAUGCUGGACAAUGUGGGAUAUAAAAGCACUCUCUGGGGAUGGGGGGUGAGGAAUCUACAAACUAAGAAUUGGUGUUCAACAAAAUAUGUAAAUGUAAGACUGCUUCUCCUGUCAUGAAAUUUCACAUGGACAGUUCAGGAUGUUUGUAGUGCUAUUUUCUAGACAGAAGGGUGCCGGUUCUCAGGUGUCAUGGGUGAGGAGGAAGUGGGAUACUUCUUAAGUUUUCUUAUUAUAGCCACUGUAUUUUGAAUUACCAAGAAUGACGAACCUAAAAUAAAAAGUUUGUUUACUUCAACAUAA